AUGUCUAAGGUCUCGCUUCAGCUGAUUCAGGUCAUUUGUGCCAUUUUCUGGUGCUUAUUCGCAGCAGGUAUCGUUUUUGGGUUUGCUGCGCUAAAACCUGUUCUGAUUGCACAGGGAGUGUAUUCAGAGCUUUGUUUGAGCUCCAACUCAACCGUCGCAUCUUUGGAAAAUGUCUUGACACCAUUAUCGCUCGAAAAAGCCUCCCUCAAGCCCUGCACAGCUCAGGAUUUGAAACUUAACAUGAUGUUCACUUUGGGAGCGGGAACUACGAAUGUUGUUGCACUCCUAGUGGGUUAUGUGUUGGACGUGAAAGGACCACGGGUGUGUGGAUUUGUAGGCUCUGCUGCUUUGGCUCUUGGAGCCCUGAGUUUCGUCUGGAGCUCGAAACUGAGCUCAUUUUUGGACCCCUACGUCACAGGCUACAUCUUGCUUGCCAUUGGUGGACCCUUCGUGUUCAUUUCCACCUUCCAGCUAGCCAAUAGCUUUCCCAGUAAGUCCGGAACCAUUCUGGCGCUUUUAACUGGCGCGUUUGACUCCUCAUCUGCACUUUUUCUGAUUUACCGGGUUGUAUAUCAAAAAUGGUUUCCUGACUUGACAAUCAAGAAAUUCUUUACAGGUUAUCUGAUUGUUCCAAUAUUUAUCCUUGUUUGCCAAUUUUUCAUCAUGCCAAGUGAGUCCUACAAGACCCUUGGAGCGAUCGAGAAAUUGGAAGUAGAGGGUCUAAACAUGGAUGGAUCUCUUCCUGAAGGAGAAGAUGGGUCUCGUAUCAUCCCUGAUGCAACAGAAAGACAGUCUCUGGUUUCGAAUCAUUCCUCAGGUAUCCACCCGGUGCUAUCCUCCAACUCUCGCCGCAGAUCGGUAUGGGAGAAUUACGUUGAGGCGAAACUCGAGAAGAAAACCAGUGGAAUAUUUGGAGCAAUGCAUGGCCAUUCAGCGUACGAGCAAAUCAAGAGCCCCUGGUUUGGAUUGAUGCUGGUGCUUGUAAUUAUAUGCAUGUUAAGAAUCAACUAUUUUGUCGCGACAGUACGUUCUCAGGAGGAGUUUUUACUUGGAGAUGCAGAAUUGGCAUUAAAAUUCAAUGCGAUUUUUGACAUUGCACUCCCCGUUGGUGGAAUCAUCUCGAUACCAUUCAUUGGACUUGUUUUGGACAACUGUUCUAUUAUUACAGCCAUCAUUUCUGUUUCGGCCAUCUCUAUGAUUAUUGGCAUCCUUGGUUUGUUUCCUUCGUUCAUCCUAAACUUAAUAGGUGUUUUGAUGCUUGUGGCUUACAGACCUUUCUACUACACCGUGGUAUCUGACUACAGUGCCAAAGUUUUCGGUUUCGAGACGUUCGGUACUGUUUACGGUUUGCUCAUGUGUUUGUCGGGUAUCUUCAACAUGAGCCAGAGCUAUCUGGAUAAGCUAACACACACGACGUUCAACAUGAACCCAUUCCCAGUGAACUUGACUUUGGUGAUUCUAACGGCGCUGUCUGCGACGACACUGAUUUCAUUUUUAGUUAAAGAGGGCCAAAAUCGUGACAAAAAGAUCCGUAUUUUCGAACAGAUAUCCACUACCGCAGAAUCAACCCCAGGAAACUCUACUGAUACAGAAGGUGUUUAUGGUAGCCUCUGA